AUGGCCGCCGACCGUGUGGGAAACGAGCCCAACCUCCUGUGGCACGAGAUUAGAACUUUGAAGAAAAGAUUGGUUGAUAGACUCUACAGUGUAAAUUCACAUCACUUCACAUCGCUCACCUUCACUUCAAUUUUAAAACAACAACAACAAGCUAGAGCUAAACCUAACAAGAGAGAGAGAGAGAGAGCAAGAAUGAGCAGUAAGAGACAACCCCAUAUGAUCAAUGUUGAUGAGGAAGAAGAUGAAGAUGAUCUAUUGAACUUUGCAUCUAGUCAGAUGUUUGUAGCGUCAACAACAACACCAACAACCAACAACCAUAACAAGAGCGUGCUAUCCUACAACAAUUCCCCAAUCUCCACUACUUCUCCCUUCCUCCCCAACAAACAGACUACUACACUAUCAUCAAUAGCAGCAAACUCCAACAAUAACAAUAUUAAUAAUAACAAUCAUACCCACAACACCAUAGCCACACAACAACCCAAUAAUCAGCAACAUCAGAUGAAUAUUAUUAAUAACCAAUUUGAUGAUAAAUUAAUUGAUCAUGAUUCUACAAAAAUAGGUGGUAGUGGUGGUAGCCAACCACAACCACAACCACAGCAACCUCCGGUCAUCACAGACAUGAUGCCCCCUCACAACACAGAUGCCCCCUCAUCCCCCUCAACAUCAUCUGAUCGAUACACAGAUCUUGACAAUGAUGUUAUCAUGCAUAAUAGCAACGACAACACCAAUAAUAAUAGUAAUAAUAGUAAUAAUAGUAGCCCGCCUAAUAGUCAAACCAAGAAAACUACAUUAUCAAAUAAUAAUAAUAAUAAUAAUAAUAAUAAUGAUGAUGCAGCUGAUAAAAGUACAACAACAACAUCAAAACGGAUGCUACCGUUAUGGAUGAACUUUAAUAGCAGGAAUAGUAGUCCACAUGGAGUAAUAAUAGAUGACACCAAUAUUAUUGGUGGAAUGAUGGAUACGGCUGGAAGAAAAACGAGUAGUUCCGGCGCGCCAUCAGUCGACGACGAAAAACAACUAUUAUUAGAUGCCGAGGCCAAACGAAGAAAAAAGGAACAAUCAGUUGCUGACAACGUCAGCAGCAGCAGUAGCAGCGGUACUACUACGACGGACAAUAAUAUGAAUAGUCCUCCACCUACACCAACAUGGUUAACAGAAAUGAGAGGAUUUACUGAAAUAGAAGAACCAGUUGCGAGUGGUAGAGUUAUAUGUUUUGACUUGGAAACAACUGGAUUCGGUAGUGAAGAUAGUAUUAUUGAAGUAGGUGCCGUUGAAUUAAUCGAUGGAUGUCGUACAGGCCUUACAUUCCAGAGUUAUGCCAAACCGAAAGCACCUAUUCAUCCGGAAGCUGCCAAGGUACACAACUUGAAUGCCUAUUUGCUCAGCUCGGCACCUCCUAUCGAGUUUGUGUUGGCUAGUUUUAUGGACUUUGUAGGCGACGCCCUUUUAGUCGCUCACAACUUGGCCUUUGACCAUCGUAUGCUAAUUCAAGAGAUGAUGCGCUCAAAAAUACCCAUCAAUCGCUCCAAGAAAUGUUUUUGCACCAUGAAGUACUAUAGAAAGGUGAUUAAAGACGUUAGCUACAACUUGGAUGCAAUUAGCAGUCAGCUUAAAAUAGACAAGCUAUUGUUAAGACGAACACACGGUGCAUUGGUAGAUUCUGAAAUCUUGGCAAUCGUCUAUUCCCAUCUAACAAGAAUCCCACCAAACUAUGCAAGUUUAAAAUUAAUUGAUAAAAUGAAUCAAGCUCCUUGGAAUCAACCACAACCUCAACCAUUAAACUUACCAUCUUCACAAUUAGAUUUAAAUAAUAUUUAUAAUCAUGAUCAAUUGGCCAAAAAUCAAAAUAAUAAUAAUAUUAAUAAUAAUCAACAACCAAUAUUAACUACAUCUUCUACAACAACUACGUCUACAAUACCUACAACUACUACAACUAAUAUAAAUAAUAAUAAUAGUAUAUUAGAAAGAUUAGAUCAUUAUGUUUUAACAACAAAAGAUUUGGAUAAAUGUUUACAAUUCUACUGUGAUAUAAUUGGAUUGGAAAAGGAGAUAUUUGGUCAACAAUCUGAUCGUAUAGCACUUAGAAUCAAUGAUUUACAGAAAAUCAAUAUUCAUGUGGCAGGCAGAGAAUUCAAACCACAUGCAAGUCAUCCAACACCAGGAUCGUUGGAUCUAUGCUUUAUAUCUCGUAUACCAAUCAUCAAGGUCAUCCAAACCAUGUUUAAACACAAUAUACCAAUUGAAGAGGGCCCCAUCCCAAGAACAGGUGCUUGUGGUCCCAUUCUUUCCAUCUAUAUUAGAGACCCAGACGAUAAUUUAAUUGAAAUCUCUGAAAAGAUUAAACAAUAA